UGUCCUCCUAUCCCGCCCCCCACCUGUUCCUCCCUCCCGAAACCCCGCGUCCUGGCGACCAAGAAAGGACCCGUCACUCUAGACAUGGCACUGAUCUGCCAACGCGACGCGCAGCGCGAGCCCCCCACGGUCACCGGAUCGCGCGGCAGCUGCUGCCCGCAGGUGCUAUUUUCACUCCAGCUCGCGGUCAUGGGCCGUUGCCUGUCAGGCGCCUUUCCGCGCGCUCCCACCCGGGCACAGUCGACUCGAAGCCAACCAUGAAAGCCACGGGUAGAGACGCAGGCGCGCAACCGGACGGCUUCCCGUCCGACUCGGAUGACUCAGACAGCGGCGACGGCUCCGACGAGUCCACGGGCGUUGGCGGCGGAGGCACAGACGCCAGAGACCCCUCCCGGAGGAGGGCGGCGGUGGGCGGGGGGAUCGACGGCAGCAGGCACCUGCCGGGCGUCACCAAGCAACGGCAGGCGGCGAACGCCCGGGAGCGGGAGCGGACCCACAGCGUGAACACGGCGUUCACCGCGCUGCGCGAGCUCAUCCCCACGGAGCCCGCGGACCGGAAGCUGUCCAAGAUCGAGACGCUGCGGCUGGCGUCCGGCUACAUCGCGCACCUGGCCAACGUGCUGUUCCUCGGGGCGGGGGAGGAGGAGCGCGAGGAGCGGCGGCCCUGUCUACGGUACCAGGGCUCCGUCGGCGCGUGCGGCUCCUCGCUGAGACCCAUCUGCACGUUCUGCCUCAGCGACCAGAGGAAAGCGCUCAGAGACGGCGGGAAACAGUCGGCCCUUUGAAGCGACGAGGAGCCACGAGACGUCAAUGUUUACAUGGAGGCGCGGGAUCGCGCCUUCACCUGUAUGCGUGCGUGUGUGAUCGCAAGUCACGCGCCAAACCUGACUAUGACGAUGUAAAUAUGAAUAUAGAAUCACUGAAAUGCACUUUCUGUCCCAAGCGCGAGGGGUCCCGGUCCCGCCUUUGUUACGGUAGUUACCGUCACCUGAGCCCACGAGGUUAAGUCCCCCCCCCCCCCUUUUUUGAAGGACGUCUAUUUCGGGAAACGAGUCUCAGGCUCCAUUUUACAAUGGAAUAAUAUAAAGUAAAUAUUAAGAGAAACUCAAGAAGCGUCAACUGAGAUUCACACACAAAAGUAGUUUUUUCUUUUUCUGGAAAUAUUUCAAAGUCCGGUUCUAGCUGUUCCACUGACCGGAUUGGGAAUUGCUGGGUUAGACAACAAAGACUACCGCAUAAAAUACGAUAAAAUGUAAUUCCGGAGAAAAUUGAACCCAGGGUCUUUUUCGGCAUGAAGACCCACAAAAUAAGUCCUCCAGACACCUUUUUCGUUGAUUAUCGAGUAUAUAGCUUGCCCGCGAAUGCAACGGCCCAAAUGGCUUCCAUGUUACUGGCUAGGGGCAGUGUGAAGGUUUCCAAAUUCACUUGCCCUUUACCCAUAAAACAAAGCAUCAACAACUUAGUUAGCGUAUUUAGUUUAGGCGAGUUUAUUAAAUAAGACUGUUUUCCAAGUCUGUGCCUUACCGUGAAGCCUUACCUUUCCAGGAAAUCCACACAAGACAAUUAGCCUACUUAAGAUACUAAAUAUUUUAUUUAGUAUAAUAGUGUAAUAGUGUACUAAAGUGUCAAAUAAUGACGUACAUGCAUUUCGACGUAUUCCCUGCUGACAGUCUGAGGUGGCUGUGCAGAGCGCUAAACACUCGGGACAACAUUUGCGAUUCACUUGUUCACAUUUCCAGGAAAUCAUCUACGUAGAGGCACUCCUGCCGCGCCCCCAUAUGCCUGGUCAAAUCUGCCUGCGCGCGCGCUUCAAUUAAGGUAACCAAUCACAACGGAGUUGGGUUGGCAGGAGGGGGGCGAGGGGGCGGAAAAGGACGAAACCGAAAGUUGACAGAGAAUGCUGAAAUCGCCCAGAUGAGAGGAAGAAUUUCCCGAAAAUCUACAUAGUUUUUUGUGUAUGGUUAAACAUGACUAUCAAUCAUUAUAACAACGUUUAUAGGUCAUAAAAGUCGAAAAUAAAUAAAAGGUCCCCUUUGAGAUGAAUUAGUUGGCGCCUCUAUUAAAUUGUUAACGGUAGCCGGUAAUCGACUUGUGUGGACUUCCUGGAAACAUGGACCUAUCGGCAGUGUCGGGAACAUUACUUCAAAAAAGUAAUUAGUUAUAGUUACUCACUACUUGUUCCAAAAAGUAACUGAGUUAGUGACUGAAUUACUCUAUAUAAAAUAACUAGUUACCAGGGAAAGUAACUAUUUGCGUUACUGUAAAAAAGAAAGUUGCUAUAUCAAAGAAUUUGGAUUUUUCUGAGCAGUUUUCACUUGGCCUUAAUGUGUUAAAUGGUUGAACUGCCCAUUCAAGGCCCUGAUAUACUUCCAACUGAAUUUUAAUUUGCUUGGUUGCGAAGGCUGUGGAACAUCUGCCGAAUACUACCAAAAAUGCCAACUUUUCAUCAGAUUGCUACGGACUCGCCAUUUCUGCUGCUUCAUCGAAUCUGUUUGGUGUGUGCGUGUGUGUGUGUGUGUGUGUGUGUGUGUGUGUGUGUGUGUGUGUGUGUGUGUGUGUGUGUGUGUGUGUGUGUGUGUGUGUGUGUGGCGCGCGUGUCCUGGCUUGUGUGUAAAAACACUGGCUCUGAUUGACUACCAUGAAAAAUGACUCUGCCUUAGCCAAUCAUAAUCGCUUAUCUCGUUGUUAACCCACCCGGUCUCCUCACUAGCAGUUUGUGAUUGGAGCCAGCGGUGCCUUCGGAAUACGCAGUUCAAUCAAUCAAUUCCUUAGUAACCUACCGCAUUUAACGUACAGUAACGGUAACGGCGUUCUAACGACGGAAACAGUAAUUAGUUAGAUUACUGAAAAAUAACGCUGUUCUUUUAAACUGCGCCGUUAUUACAAACACUGCCGGUAGGGCACAGACUUGGAAAACAGUUUAUUUAAAUAAACUCCUGGUAUAUUAACUAAGUUGUUGGUGCCUCAUUUUAUGUGUAGGGCCCCUAGUCUGCUGCACCAAACCUACUGCAUAGGUUUGGUGGUAAUUUGAGCAGUAUUAGUGGUUAAAAAAAUAUCGAUUUGUAAAUGUUCACACUGCCCCUGGCCAGUAACAUGGAAGCCAUUUGUGUUGUUACAUUGCUCUGGGCAUUCGCAGGCAAGCACUAUACUCGAUUUUCAACGAAAAAAGGUGUCUGGAGGGCUUAUUUUAUGGGUCUUCAUGCCAAAAAAAGACCCUGUGUUCAAUUUUUGCAGGAAUUACACUUUAGCUUUGUUCCGUAAGGCUAGUUUGUAGACCACCUGAACCCCCCCCCGCAGACGGGGGUCAGUCUGUCUGCAGCAUCUAUACACACUAUGAUCUGUGACACAGAGAGAGAACUCAUGUAAUGGUUCAUCCAUUGGAAACAAUUAGUUGUAUGUCAACUAAUUGGAUUUUCUUUUAAAAAACUGCUAUUUUCUGCAUUUUAUUCAAUUACACCCACAGAAUUAUCAGACAUUAUUGUAAGGGACAGAUUCAGAACUAUGUUUUCAGAUGAUGGUAUGAUAAAUGAAAAAAAAGCUCACUUUUUUGAGUUUUUCCAUCAGAGGCAGGAAGUGGGUCUUGAGAAGCUGAGCAUUGGCCUUACUGAUGAUUGGCUGAGAAAAUACUUCUGAGUAAAGAGAGAUAAAAAGAUAGAGAGACAGGAAAAUUGUUAAUGAAUAAACAUCUGGGUUUGGAUUGUUGCAACUAUGACCAUGAUUCCCCCCCCCAGAGUCACAUGGCCUGCAGAUUAUGUGCAUUGCAUUCUGCAUGGAAAUAAAGGUGCGUUCAUCAUCCUGGGGAUAACGAGACGUCUUGCUAGUGAUGACGCUUGUGUGUUCCCGACAGCGACCGUUCACUGCGUUGGGAAUCUAAAAGUUCUUCACAGCAGGGUUUUUCUAUGCGAUAAAAACCAGUCAGAACUAAACAGAACUUGGUAGGAUCAGUUUCAAGUUUGCAUGCCUUUAUUUCCUUGAUGCAUAUCACCUACUAUCCUUUUGCUUUUAUUUAUGAGAUGCACAGACAGUAUUGGCACUGUAUGGUAUGGAAGGCAACCCUUGCCCUUAUCUAGAGCUGGUUUACAAGUGAGCAAAGUUGAUGCCAACAGGCGGUUACGUCAAUCAAUGGUAAAGUAUGUGAUAUGAUGGUUUUCUUUUACGAGUAAAACUUUCAUGUUCCGCCAUGUUCAUGCACGUCACUAGUAAACCAUACGUCACCAACUGGACAACUCUGUUAUCAAAAUCUGGCCCCAGUUGCCGAACGGAAGUAGAAUCAUAACAGCGUCAUGUGGUGUCGUUCAGGAGAACUUUCCGACGUUGUGUUUUCCCCAUCAUUUCGCGCGAUGUGAACGCACCAUAAACUCUGAGCAUUACUUAAUAACUAAUAUUAUUCAUACAUCAUAUUUUUAAAGAGUGGUUGUUAGGUUAACUGGAAGAAAUGAAUGAAAUAGGGAGUUGGUGUCAAUCCGUCAACGAAAUCCAGGAGGAAACAUUAAAGACAAAUAUUUUAGGACAUUGUUGCCCACUACCUCAGGAAUGCAGUCAGAACCCUGAAAUCUUUCACUGUGUAAAGAUUAUUUGCUUACAUACAUUACGUUUGAAUCGUUUGCACAUCGCCCAAUGUUGAGAAGCUGCUAAAAAUUGUAUUUUUAUACAAAUAAAAAAUAUACAUUAAAAAAAGUUGCGUUUCACCUUAUUGUGUAGCCUACAUAAAGCAGGCGUUUAUAUAUAAAAGCUAAGCUUAUUGUGAACGUUUACAUUUACAUUUUUUUACAUUUGGGGCAUUUAGCAGACGCUUUUAUCCAAAGCGACUUACAAUAAGUACAUUUGUCGUAAGAAGUGCAUCAAUAUAUUGCUGUCGGUACAGAAAGGAUGUUCAUAGAACCAAGUGCAAGUACAACAAUCGCUAGGCUAACCAAUUCCCCGUGUUACAGCCAUGAUAGCAGCUACUGCAGUUUCUACAGUUAAGUACUAUAGUACAAUACAAUGGUGGCCAGAAGGGGGAGGGUGGCUAUGCAGUGUCGAGGGUGGCUACGUAAUGAUUAAGGUGUUACAAAAAAUAUAGAUAUUAAAAUAAGCAAAGUUGCACCUUAUCGUUUACAUAAUGCUUAAGCAAGAUUUUAAAAUGUAUAUCAAAAUCAGUCAAGCGUAACCCUAUUGUGUACACAGGGGUCAAGCAGGAUUUUUAAUUGGACAUUAAAAUAAGUUAAGAGUCACCUUGUUGUGUGCUGAAGGGAGCAAGGUAUUACCAUGACUAAGCACCAAGACGUUUAUCGCGUUAGGCACCAGAACUGCACCUACCUACUCAGUCAUAAGCUGUGUUCGAAAUCGUUCCCUAUUCACUCACUCACUAUUCCCUAUAUCGUGUUAUAUAUAUAUAUAUGAUAUAGUGCACGGAAGAGGGAACGAACACACAAGAAUUCGGACACUACGCUGAACAUUUCUAAACAUCAUUUACGUCAGUAAAUGCCCCGGGUAUUUGUGUGACGCAGACAGAUGCGCCCACAUCAUGUUAAUGGUCCCAUGACAUGAAAAUCUCACUUUAUGAGGUUUUCUACAACACAGUCUCACUCCCUACUCGUCAAACGUGUGACGCAUGGCCAAGGAUCCCUGGCGUCAAUUUCCGACGAAAAAGUGGUACCCUUUUCGUCGUUUUUCAACGCGGGGUCCGUCAGAUAGACAUUCAUGUUAAUCCCUCAGCGUCGGAUAUAGACGAAAGGAAAUCGAUGUUUAUCAACGGUGAUGCCGUAGCUAUUGUCUAUUGAUUUGUUUGACAGAUUCACCAUUAAACGUGUUUCUAAUGCCAUUUCUAGCGAGAAAUGUACCUUUUCCUUGAAUAAUCUUCAGUCAGUGAAUGUGUAUGAUCUUUAUUAAUAUUUAUUAUCUGAAUGGGAAAUGCAAUAUUUUAGGACCGAUUCACCGUUAAACGUGUUUCUAAUACCAUUUCUAGCGAGAAAUAUGCUUUUUACUUGCAUAAUCUUCAGUCAGUGAUUGUGUCUGAUCUUUAGUUUUAUAGUUAUCAGGAACACUUUAUCGGCUCGCUCGCAUGUUUCAACGACGUCAGGUUGCUAGGGACGCUGCUUUCGCUAAACUAGCAGCUCACGUGUUUCCUGCGUUUGUGUUAUUAAACCGUUACUUUAUGUAACUUUUAAUGAUAUUGUAAUAACCACAGGCGAGGUAGUGAGCGGAGUAAGCUUGAUAGCAGGUUUAUUGGAUUCCACAAUCGGACAGGCAGGCACAGCUCCACCGGAAAACUACAACAACCAAAACUCCCGCCCGGAAGGAAACCCCCGGAACCCCCUCUCAGAAGGCCCGCCCCUUCCCCCCAAACCCUGUGACGCUACAAUACAGGCCCCCAGGACUGGUGCAUAUUUCCGGAAUCCACCAGUGCUCAGAGGCCACGCCUGGUAUUGCAGUCGGUUUAGUGGGCUGUGGACGGGUCCCGGAAGUAGAUAUCCUCGUUCACUCCAAUACAAGUGGGGAGCAGGAAUGUGUCUCCGCAGAAAAUGUGUGGAUAUCAAUCAAAGGUUCAUAAUUAUCUUUAUACCGUGUACUAAAAAAAAUUACGUUUCUUCUUUUCAAAACGCCACCUCAAGCGUUUUAUUAGCCGUUAUCUCGCUGGGGAAGAGGGGUGUGCAGCUGAAAGGAGUCGUAGUGAAACAAAUGGCAUCCGAGAGGGCCUAGUUCAGUGCUCCGUUAACGUGUCCGAUUUUUGGACUGGUUCAUCUGCUGCUCAAUAACUCUUAGGGUACUCUGCUUGCAAUCAUUGUGAUUCAUCAUGUAUUGAUCCAUUUAUUCAAACGAUCCAAAGACAAAGAACAGGUGCAUUACGGUAUAAUUUUAUAUUGUUGUUGGACCGGAGUGGGUGGAUGGGCACGGAUCCCUGGCGUCGAUUUCCGACGACAAAUGGGUACCUUUUUCGUCGUUUUUCAACGCGGGGUCCGUCAGAUAGACCUUCAUGUUCAACACGGUCUCACUCACGUGCAGGCCCCCACCCUCGUGUUCUUCCAAGGCCCUCCCCCAGCUGACCUAAUGAUUCGCCCCCACACUGAUUGACAAGAAGAACAUUACAAUACAAGCACAUAGAACAACUGGCAUAACGGACAACGAAAUACAAUGCAACACAUAACACACAAACUAUUUAACUGUCCCAGGGUCGCUACAAUAUCGUAAAUACGAAUUCGUUCUCAGCCUAUUUUUGCCAUUUAUUUACCGUGUUACUAUGGCAGAAUAAAGAAUAAAUUCAUGCAUCAUCAUUCAACUUGAACAUGUGUUUUUACAGUAUAGAGUGGUGGAGAGGGACGACGUAUGUUGGCAAACCCGGAAGUGAGCGUCGCCCUCGGUUCCCUUGACAAAAAGCCAACGGGUUUUCCUUUGGAUUAGUGCAGAAAAAUGUGCAUCUUUGAAGCAACUCCUCAAAAAUGGAAAAUAAAUAAAUAAAUAAAAAUAACCGUGCUCCAAAGAACGAAGUGUAAACCAAUGCAUUCUGAAUGGGAGUGUUUCUCCAAUUUUUCCAUGCUACACAGAACGAAAUGUAAACCCAUGCAAAUAAAGACUUCAUGUUCAUAAUAAUUUAAAUAUCAUUAAUCUACAGAGUGUGUAGGGAGGUAUUAUAUUUUUUUCAACGGGGCUGAAUCCAGUCACUUGACCGUCAUGGUUGCUAUGGUGGUUGCUAUCGACCGCCCCCUCUAAUACUCGUGGCUCUAAAAACCACGCGGCAAAGGAGCUGCCGUAAAUUGUGUUGUUUUUGUCGUAAACUAG